AUGCUCCUCCGCCGCCCUGCCUCUUCUUCCUCAUCUUCAUCCUCCGACCCUAACAAACCAAUCGUGCUCGAGCAACCAGACAAAUUCCGACCUCCCUCGCACCCCGCGCGACUCUCCCGACGAGUUCCCCGCGCUUAUAACCAGGGCACCACCGCAGAGGAGAGAGAGCGGCAGAAGACACGGACGUAUCCGCACAUGUUUCCUAAGAAGGGAUCGUUUAUGCAUUGGUUCCUUACGGACCGGCGGAUUCAUCUUUGGAUUACCAUGGGCACACUAACUCUCCUGGCCCUGAUCACACUGACGCAAACAUUUCUCAAAACCUCGCCGUACGCACACUUGCUCCCGCCCAUCUCGACGCUCCCGUUCCACCCGAUCCAGUACGCGCGCGAAGCCCUGUCAGUGAUCCGACUACACAUCGAAUACACGACGCAGCAGACCAACGAGUCACGACAGCAGAAGAUCCUCGACGCACAGAAACGCCGCCUGUACCGUCGGGCGCAUGGGAUGGAGAAUCUCGACGCCGAUGAAGAGCAGGGUAUCGAUGUCCGCGGCCUCGUACCUUGGGAUGAUGGCCUGACGAACAAAGAACGCGCACGGGGCGGGAGGGACGUGGUGCUUACGGGGCGAGAUGUGGUCGCAUUGGGGGGCCAGGUGGGCGAUGAUAUCGAGAAGUUUGGGGAAAAGUUAAGAGAUAUGGAGCAAGAGGGCGUGGAUGUCCGGGGCAUGAUUGAGAGGGAGAGGCAGGAAGAUGUGCCGCCAUCUUCGCCGCGGAGAAAGAGGAAGUUGUGGUUGGGUAUUUGGUAA